GUUUUGGUCGUAAACAUUUUGGUUGUCAUGACAGCUGCCCAAAAUCCAGGCGGCCAAGAGACGAGAAGUCAGUCGACAACGAAAUGCACAACAACAUGCAAGAUAUCUGAAUUUAUUACUUGAGACAAACCUUAAUAAGCAUGGCUGAAAAUACUUCUACUACCAGUAUAACAGAGGAAGAUCCGUUCAACGAGGACGAGGCCGAAAGGAGGUUUCUGAACUCCAAACCAACUUGUUUUAUUGUCAUUGGGAAACCGGGAUCAGGCAAGACUACUCUUGCAAAGAAGCUUGCCAGAGCAUGGAAAUGUGAGCUAAUUAAUGGCUCAGAAAUAAUAAAUCAAGGAAUUGAGCUUCAGACUGAACUAGGUGCAAUUGCACAAGAUAUUUUACUCAAAGGUGAAGCAAUUCCUGAAGAAGUAUGUGCAAAAGUCUUGCUGGAAAAAGUCAGUUCCCCAGAAGUUUCCCAUCAUGGAUAUGUUUUGGAUGGAUUUCCAUCGUUGUGUGAGGACUGGUUAUCCAUGGCUGAUCAACUUGACCUUGUGAAGAAUCUCCCUCUUACACCAGAUUUUAUAAUCAACAUCAAGAUCCCAGACAAGGAUCUGGAGAAACGCCGAUGUGAGCAGCGUGUAGAUCCUCUAACUGAUGUAAUAUACACAAAAAGUGAAUAUGCCCCAGAGGCUCUGGCCACUGAUGCAAAAGACAAAGAGGAUGAAGAGGAAGAAGAAGAAGAGGAGGAGGAAGCUGAAGAAGAAAUGAUUGAAGAAGAAGAAGAGGACGAAGAAGAGCGAGAAGAGAUCACGCCCGAAUUGGUUGCAAGACUUGUGACAAGGCCGGAAGACUUGCCUCAGAAUGUGGCCUCUAGCAUCAAGAAAUAUCGGGAUAUGAUGCUGAGAACUCUGGAGGACUACAUGGCAGAUCAUGAUCAACAGAAGCUCAUAGAGUUAGAUGGCAAUGAGAAUCCAAAAGUAGUCUUUAAAUCCCUCAUGAUGAAACUUAACACCUUCAAGUUGAACCACGCCCUUGUUCCCUUGCGCCUCCAAGGAGGAGAGGAAGGUGAUGAAAUAUCAGAUGACACUGAAACUGAUGACCUUCUUCGGACAUUAGCAGCAACAGAAAUGGUGGCACCCAAGUUCCGCUGGCGUCGCAGUAAGUGGGGACGGGCAUGCCCUGUUUCACUGAAAGAAGGCAACAUUGUUCAGGGAAUGGCACAGUUUUCUGUCAGUUUCUUGGACAAACUGUAUGUGAUGUCAACAAAUGAAGCAUUGGUACACUUCUUGCGGAAUCCUCGUCCCUUCCUGGCUCCUCAAUUGCCUUGCCCUCCCUGUAAAGUGUGUGUUUUAGGCCCGCCUCACUCUGGCAAAACUACAGUGGCUCAUGCACUGGCCCAAAGAUACAAAGCCAAGGUGUUUGACAUCGAUGAGUUAAUCAAGCCACGGAUAGAAGCAGCCAAGAAGAAAAUGAUGGAUGAAUUACGAGAUGAGACUACCGAAUCUGCGAUUUCUAAAAUAACUGCUGCAGUGCAAACACAACAACUUGAAGCUGCGGAGGACGAGGAUGAGCCUGAACCACCCCCGGCUCAAGACAGUGAAGAAGCCGGGGAAGAGAAAGAUGGCGAUGAGGGAGAAGCUAACGAAAGGGAGAAAACACAGGAUGAUGACGAAACAAAUGGCGAUGAAAAACCCAAGAAGUCUGCUAGAGGAGAAUUGCCGAUUGAUGCUAAUCAUCCUGAAGUUGUUAAAAUUGUCAAUGAAGCGAUGGCUGAAGCUGAGAAGCGAGAGCCUGAAUUGUCUCCAGACGAGUACACUGACGUGAUCGAGGAAGCGAUCCAGCAAAGAUAUGCUGAGCUGCAAAAAUUGAAUCCUGAUGGACCACAUGCUGGUGGGUACAUUUUGGACAACUUUCCAAGAACACGGGAGCAGUUCACUUCUAUGAUUGAAAGGAAUAUUGUUCCUGACGAGGUGAUUUACCUGAGAGAUGACACUGACAAUGGAGAAUUUCUUCUCAAAAGAUGGUAUCACACUAACAAAGAAGAACUUCAUGAGAAAUGGGAAGCGAGACGGGCAGAGGAGCGGGCUCGUCAGGAAGCAGAGCGUGCAGAGAGGGAGAGAAUAGCUAGAGAAGAAGCGGAAAGGAAGGCUGCGGAGGAAGCUAAGAGAAAAGAGGAGGAAGAGAGACUUCGGCGGGAACAAGCAGAAGAAGCUGGUGAAGGAGAGGAGGCCGGAGAUAAGGAAGAGGGGGAGGAGGCUGGGGAAGGUGAGGAGAAAGCUAAGGAAGAGGAAGAGGAGGGUGCUGCCGGUGCUCCUGCUGCUGAGGCUGAACCCAAGGAUAUAGAGACACCCGAGCUGCAGCCCUCGGGAGAAGAUCUUACUCUAGGUGCAGGACCUGAAGAGGAAGAACUAGUUCUGGAUUCAGACAUGCCACCCAAUACACCAGAGACGGAAGAGUUUAAGAAUCUCAGAACGAAAUUUGAUCAAGAUUUCCCUCAGCUGCUGUCUGUAUUGAAAGGCACAAACAACAUUGAACCUAUCGCAGUGUCCGUUGAAAAGGAGACAGACAACUUGAACAAGGAGGUCAUCAAGAGAAUUGAAGCUCCCUUUAGCUACCGUGGAUGGGAGUACACCGGAAUGGACCAAGACGAAGAAGAAGAAGAUUUUGCCGAGGAAGAGGAGGAAGAAGAGGAGGAGGAAGAAGACAUUUUUAGCAAGGACAAGAAGAUCUUUGGUGACACUAAUCACUACUGUCCCGUGAUGCUGAAGGAGAAGUUUGUUCUGUGGCCUGGUAUCGCUGAGUGUGCAGCAAAGUACCGCGAGAGAACUUACUUUUUCUCAUCACCUGAAGCCAGAGGUACAUUCUUAGAAGAACCAGAGAGUUUCCUCCCGAGUACCAAACCUCUUGAGCCUCCUCCAAUUCGUCUUCUGAUCGUCGGUCCCAAAGGAGCAGGAAAAACCCUUCAUGGCCGUCGUCUUGCCAAGCAGAUGGGUGUGUUUCACAUUUCAUUCAAGGACCGUCUGCAAGAGCUUAUCAUCGCCAAGACCAAGAAGAGGAUUGGACCCGAGUAUGAGGACGACGAAGAGGAGUCUGGUGAACAGGCCGUCACGGCACCUGAUGGACUGGAGGGAACUGAUACCGAAACUGUUCCUAAGGGUGGAGAGGGUGAGGGUGAAGGCGAGGAAGGGACUGAGGACGAGGCUGAACUGGAACUUACUGACGAGGAAGAAAGCAUUCGCGCUAAUUUAGCUGAAGGAGAAGCUCUACCGAACGAAACUUUGGACAAGAUUCUGCCUGCAUGGUGGAACGAAGAACCAUUUAGGUCUACUGGGUUCAUUUUGGAGGGUUUCCCUCGUACUGAAGCCGAGGCUCGUUACCUGUCCUCCUCUGGCCUGUUUCCAGACAUAGCCGUCAUUCUCGCAGUAGAAGACACUGAAAUUGUUGACCGGCUUCUGCCACCACUGCUGGAAAAAUGGCGCAAGAAACGGGACAAACGAGAAGCAGAGAAAGAACGACAACGAGCUUUAGCCAAGAAACAGAAGGACGAAGAACGAGCGCGGCGACGGGAGGAAAAGAUGGCGGAGAUCGCGGCAAGGAAAGCCGAAAAACAGGCCCGUAAGGCGCAGCGAGACAGCGAUGACAGCGAAGAGGAAGCAGAGGAAGAGGAAGAAGAAGAGGAUAUCGAGGCACUGUUGGACGCUGAGGACGAAGAGGAAGAAGAAAUGGAAGAAGAGGAGGAGGAGAGUGAAGAAGACGCCAUUGAACGAUUGAAAACAGAGAUUGGAGAUCGCUAUGACGAGGAGACCGGCAAAGUGGCAACUGUACAGGAAACGCUAGAAGAGAUUUCAAUUCCUCGAGUUGAGAUCAACGGUGGACGAAAGCCGAGGAUCGUGGAAUAUUGUAUAAAGAAAGUUCUCAAGCCUGUUGUCGAUUUCAGAGAGAGUCUGUUUGAUAGAUGCUUCGCCAUUGAUGGUUACUUGGCGAAUAGAAUGCUGACCAUGGGCUACAAGUUUCCAAGUCGCUUUGGAAGAUGGUGCCCAGUCAAGCUCUUGGAAGGCGAAGUUCUUCCUCCUCAGCACGGCUCCGGGGUUUACACCUUCCCUGUGGUGUACAGACGGAAUGUGUACUUCUGUUCGGGACGAGACGAGCGGGAAACGUUCAUGCAGUGCCCGUUCCGUUUCUUAAAACAGCCUUCUCCUAAGCCUGUUGUUCCUAUCAAAAUGGCGGUUAUCGGACCUCCAAAGUCUGGCAAGACUGGAUUGGCGAACCGUUUUGUGGCAGAGUAUGGCGUCGUGAGACUGUCCAUCGGUGAAGCGAUAAGAAAAUCUGUGAAUUUCCAAUCGUACACUGAGCUUGCUCGUCAGAUCAAUCUUCACCUUAAGGCUGGUAACCCUGUGCCGGAUGAGCUAGCGGUACAAGCAUUAGAGGUGGCUUUGCUAGAUAUGCAGUGUCAGACACGAGGGUUUAUACUUGACGGAUAUCCUGUUACAAAGAAACAAGUAGAGCUGAUGACCGAGCGAAAGAUCAUCCCCGUCAGAGUCCUGGAACUACAAGUGGAGGACGACGAGGUGCUGAAAAGAGGGACCGCUGACCGUCAUGCGCCUACAAGGGUUCUUCCUUUGCAUGACAGUCAACAGAUACUCGGCAUCAGGCUCAACGCCUGGCAGCAGGAGAUUGAGGCCGUAAGAGACUGGUACCAAAAGGAGCAUAGAAACUGGGUGCCCGUUGACGGUCAGCGGUCCAAGUGGUGGAUUUGGGACCAGGCUCUGGACGAAGCUAGGAAAAGUGUCCGUCAAAUUCAGACGUAUUUACAAAGGCUAUCAGAAGGCAAAGCAGCUUCAGUGGCUGACAUGUGUAUUACGCCCAUUGAGUGUCUUCAACGCCUAGGUGACUACGAUCAAUACUGUCCAGUCAGCCUGGCUGACCGCGGUGAACUGGUCGACUGUUCAGUCAACUCUUCGCUGGAGUUUGCCGCUGAGUUUCGAGGGCGUUAUUACAAGAUGGCGUCGCGAGUGGAGCUGGAACUCUUUCUUGCGGACCCGGCUCGUUAUGUACCUCCUUUGGCCCCCAGAAAACUCCCCGAACCCGAGCUCCUUCCAAGAAGAAGGACUGCGGCAGACGUUAAGACCAUGUUCCCGAAACAGAUUGAACUUAAGGGCUAUUGUCCGGUCACGUACUUGGAUGGCAAACUAAGGUAUGAAAAUAUCGUCCCAGGAGAGACAGACUUGGUGGUAGAGUACAGAGAAAAAUUGUUCUGCUUUGAAUCGGAGGAGAAACUGCAGAAAUUCAUGAGGCUACCAGAAAGGUAUUACGGGCUGACAUUACCACACAAGCUGCCGCCUCGAAAGGAGCCCUUACUUGUAAGUGGACUCCCCAUGUUGGGUUACAUGGAGCAGAGUGUGGCCACUGCUCUCACGAAAGCGCUGACCGCAGUCGGCUGUUUUAAACCCAAGUAUCCGUUUGUUGACGCCAAGAAGUCUGCUCUGCUUUACAUCGCCUAUCAUCUUAAAGCCUACAACCCCAAGAGCAGCGAAUAUGUUCGCAAGAAAUACAAGCAGAAAUUGAUGAGAUUCGAGGAAGAGUGCGAGCUGAUUGGCUAUCUCGGUAAAGAGAUGACCAAUCGCUAUCGAGAACCGGAGGAACUUCCAAUUGACUUUGAUCACAAGCUGUCAACCUUUCUGGCACUCAAGGACAUCGAACCCACAACCACGUGGUGUGCGUGAUGCGUCAGUCACAGAAUGUUGGUUUUGCGUGACGAAAGUCGCGUUAGAGAACAGAGUAUUUAUUAUUUUUUUAAGGAAGCCUGUGUAUACUUUGAAUAUCAUGACCGGUGCUACAUGCCUAGUUGAAUUGAUGUUGUAUAAUAGAUAUGUAAAUAUGUUGUCUGCAGCAAUUGGCCACUGUAAAUAAAUUCGUUUCGCUUGAUCUUUCA